AUGCCUACCGACACCACAAACCAUGCCUUGGUCUGCCGUCGGCUUGCGGUGCAGCAAGCCUCCCCACAAGAUGUUCGGGACAGCCUCCUCAUGGGCGUUUGCCUAAUUUUCCGAUAUCUCCUUCCAAUAUUACGACGCAGUCCCGAUGCGUUUGGAGGCUGGUUGUUCAUCAGACAGCGCUGUGUUCACUGGCCGGAUACAGUCGAAAACAGGAGAGUCCGCAAAUUCAUUUCGGACCUGGAAUGGACUAUACGACGAACAUUGCCUGAUCAGAGGCUUUGGGCACACCCUGGUACCGGGACUUGGGUCACCGAUCCAGUUAAGGAUGCUCUCCCGCAUCCCGGCUUCUGGCAUUCGGCCGGCACAACCAAAGAAGGCCACUCUGAAGCUGAGCUAUACUCGGCGGAUAUGACCAACUUGAUCAAAAGUUGUCCACGGAUCGACUCGGACCUUGUGGGCCUGAAAUAUGCGCUUCCAUUGUCUCAGCCCUGUCGAGGGACAACUACCAAGGACAGGAAUACCAAAUUGCAAGACAAGAAUUGUCUUGGACGUACCUGCGGGUGUGCCGACCAGAUGACUACACCAAACUCGAGAAUGUUAUCCCCGUUCGUGUGCGGAAAAGCCUUGUAUCGUAAGAUUCAUAAUAUGAUCAACGAUAUCUCCAAAGAGUCGGCGAAGUUGUGGAUUUGGCGUCAGCAGAAUCACUUCAAGGCUGCCGACACCUCGGGGCAGCAUGAGCAGAAUGUCCUAGAGUGCGAUGCAGUAGCUGCGGAUGUUCAAGUACCAGGUCAACCUAGAGAAAUGGGUGGGAAAGACGACGUGUCAAGACUCAUGCCGACAUGGUGUGGACCUGACACCUCCCAGAACACUUUCCGGGUCAACAAGAUGAUUGAUCGUCGUCACCCUUGUCUCUCUUCAAGAGGGCCACAAAGGUUGGGAAGGUUAUCGCAGAGCCGUAUAAGUAUUUGGGAAUUGAGAUGA